AUGUGGGCACCGUUUACCGAUUGGUCUUACAGACCGAUGAGCACUGGUUCAGACGAAGAGUUGAGCUCUGAGAAGCUUCCCGCACUCACACUCGUCGAGCGGACGCAGAAGCGAACCAUUCUCGUCGCGCUCGCAAGCCUCCUGUUCACCACGCUCUUCGGCUUCGGCGUCGGUUUCGCAGCUGGGGCGUGGAAACCUGAAGGAUCCUCACACGAGCAUGGUCUCCUUCAGCCACCGGGAACCGUGGUGAGGGAGUUCGUAUACAACGAAACAUUCACACACGGCUUCGAUGAUCCAGUAGCAGGACCAGCAUGGCACGAAUUGGAUCCCAAUGGCGGCAAGAUCCUCCACCCGUCCUUGGCUAAGAAUGAGACAGUCAUUAGUGCAUUUCACCAGAUUCACUGCCUCUAUGUCCUGCGCCUCGCCUUCUACCACGCCCUCGACGGCACCUUCGACUACGACAGUAAAAACUCAGGCGAUUGGCAUGCGGGACACUGUUUUGACUAUCUUCGCCAAUCCAUCAUGUGCGCUGCGGACACGAAUUUGGAGCACUCGAAUGCGGAGGGGCACCAUAUGUGGAACAGAACGCACUAUUGUCGCGAUUGGGAGUCCGUGAUCGCCUUCGAGGUUGAAUGGGCUCCCAAUAGCCCACGCAAUUCCAAGAGAACCGGCUUGUGA